AUGGGCCUGAGUGGGCCCAGAGCCCCAGAAGCCUCGCUCUGGGCUGCGGCCCAGGCAGAGACCACACUGGACAACUGGAGUUCCGCUGCCAUCAGGGGCGGAGGCAGGCCUAGUGACCUUCUUCUGUCCAGUGCCGAUGACAUGUGGAUCCUGGCUACGCAGUGCCAAAGGAACCCGAGGCCCAAGGAUAGCUCCCAGUCAGCCUCCAAAGGGAACAGUACUCGCCGGACACAGGAGGCACCGCAGCAAGGCGCCCUUGUCCUGAGCCGAAGAAUCUCAUUGGCAGGUGCAAUGUCAUCUUCCAGGGUCUCCAGGAUUCUGGCCCUGGCCAGUCUUGUCCCCAGGUCUCCCAGAGCUGCGUCCCAGAGAGCAGAGAAGAGCCCAGCCAAGUGGAUCCCCGGGCCACGUCUUUGCAAGCUUCAGCUUUCUCCUCAAAAGGCCCUGAGCCUCAGUUCAGUGAAGAGAGGAGGACAGGCCCUACCUUCCAUUCAGCCCUGGCUCUCCAGGUCUCAACCCUGUGCUUGCACCCGCAGCCCAGGUAGGACAUCAAGAAGAAGAGGUCUGAAGAAGCUGCCUGGAGCUCACCUCUACUGGACCGAGAGAAACGCCUCCUGCUUCCCUCUCUUUCAAGACCACCACUCUUCCAGCUUGUCUGCCAAGGCCAGGAGCCUGGUGCAUCCCGCCGGGCACAGGGUUCUGCCUUCUAGUCCCCAGCUGACCCAAAAUGCCACUUCUGGAGCAAGCUCUGGGGCAGCUCAUGCCUGCCCUUUACUUGGCUCUAACCUGCCUGAGGGUUUCGUCCAUGUCGCCAAGAACAAUGACUCCACUAGGGCAACGGUACCUGGGUCCCCGAUGGCCCUGAGACCUGAGGUACCUCACUGGCGGCCCUUGCUCCUGCAGGACUGGAACCAGUUUGGUAAUAAAAUCAAAGCAUGUGAUCAACAGCUCGUACAUUAUCUUGGUGUGGACCCAGAGAGCAAGCACAGACGAAGAGCAGACACUGACUUCACACUUCUGAUAGGUCCUCUGGCCCAGGAGAGGCCCCAGGGACCAGACACCUCUUCCCCCAACAUUCCAGUGGAGCCGACCCAGCUGGGCGGGUUUGGAAGGUUUGUUCGGCUACCGUGGGCCUUUUACAACACGCAAAGGGCGGAGGGAGAGGCCCAGCUCCAGAGGGCGCUUGGCGUUUCUCGGGCAGCCGUGCCAUCAAGAGGAAACCUUUGGAGCAUGGCAUGCAGGCCCUUCCUGCGGAUCCUGCUGGGGGAAGGCCUCUGA